CACACACACACACACACACUGUGGUCUUGGUGUGACUUUCAUAGCAGAAACUGAGAGAUGAACAAGAUGAGACUCGACAGGGGAGGCGGGGCUUACAGCUCAUUUCCUGCUUCUCAUUGGUUCAUUGGUUCAGAGUUUCAGAGCCUCCAGCCCUUCAUACCUGCAGCCGGAGAGAACACUGCUGGAGCUGAGAUGGCGGACACACUGCGCUUACUGGGCUUCAUCCUGCUGAGCGGACUGCAUGUGGCAUCAGCAGCGAUCGUGGUUGAUAUCCCGCAGAAGCAGUAUAAGGUAGCGCGGGGUGAUAAUGCGACGCUGCCCUGCGCCUUCACCCCGCCGCCGCCGGCCGGAUCCACCACUGAGAUCACCUGGAAAGCGACUCCAGAUGUGCCGGGAUCUCCAAUGAUCGACAUCAUCAAAUUCAACAGUGCCACUGGAAUGAAGGUGUACAAGAACUAUAAGGGCCGGGCGGGUCUGACGUUUGAUCUGACUAAAGGAAAAGCCGACCUGCAGCUGGUGAGGGUCACCAGUGCCGACAACCGGACCUACGAGUGCCAUGUGGACGUGCAGGAGGAAGAGGACGGCACUCUAUCAGACACCGCCAACCUCAUUGUCCUGGUGGCCCCAUCAACACCCAAAUGCACUAUUGAGGGGAAGACGGAGUACUUUCAGGACAUCACCCUGACCUGCAAAUCGGAGGAGGGAACGCCGACACCGACCUACAAGUGGCAAAGCUACGAUGUGUUGAACAACCCUCGCCCAAACCCACUGAAGGCCACCGACGUGAACGGCGUUCUGUCGCUCUACAACAUCUCUAAGGACACGUCCGGGUUCUACGUCUGCACCUCCACCAAUGAAAUCAGAUCUGCCAAGUGUAAUCUGACUAUGGCCGUCAUGGCACCGUCCAUGAGCAUGGCGUCCACGGCGGGCAUCAUCGGGGCGGCGGCGGGCGCGCUGGUCCUCCUGCUGGUCAUCAUCAUCUGCUGCUGCUGCUGCCGGAGGAAGAAGAACAAGGAGGAGGAGUACGCCAUGGGGACUCCUGAAGAUGGAGAAUUCACAGACAAGGAUCCGGAGGAGCAAGACGAACACGUGCGGUCUGAGCAGGAGCGUCCGGUGAAGAGCGCAGACCGCAGAGAUGUGCAGGACGAGCGCAGCGAGAGGAGCUACGACCGCCGCAGUGACUACGACGACCGCCGAGAUCCGAACACCAGCCAGCGGGAUGAUCGUGAUGACCGAUACAAUGACCGCCGCGACCGAUACGAUGACAAACGCGACCGGAGUGAUGACCGCCAGGAACGCUACGAUGACCGCCGGGAACGCAACGGUGACCGCCAAGAUCGUUACGAUGACCGACGUGAUCGCAAUGAUGACCGCAGAGAUCGUUACGAUGACCGCUACGAUGAUCGACGCGACCGCUACGAUGACCGCAGAGAUCGCCAUGAUGACCGCUACGACAGCGACCGCUACUCUGACCGCUACGACAGCCGCGACAGACCGCCCAGCGUCCCCCCAAAUAAACCCAGAGAUCCGCGGAAUUGAUUCGUUCCUCAGAAACGCAGGAUAUAGAGAUAUCUGACAUCCUGAAGCAGGAGAUUUCAUCCUACACACAUGUGCUAGUGCUGACCAACAUCUCCUAUCGCCAUAUCAAUCAUCUCAUAUCCUGAAAACCAUGCGCUCAACGAUAUCGCCAUCAUUCAGCAAAUUCAAUUAAAUAAUAUAAUUAUAUAUCGCGAACACACGACUGUUUCUCUUUUACAUUUUAAUAUAUUUGCUCAAAUGUGAUUUUCUUUCAGGGCAAAUGUUCGAUUAGGAACGUUUAAAUAUUAAAUAACUAUAAUGACAGAUAAAACACGCUUCAAAGAUAUUGCGAAAGCACUGCACGUUUUCCUCAUGCUGUUACUCUGGCUUCUGCCUGCAUCCCUGUGCUGGGUUAUCCACAUCCAAUUGAGGAACAGGUAUUGCUGUAAACGGUGUAUUUGCCACACCAUAAAAUAAACAAGCACAACAGGAAACGCCAUGUUGCUCAGCCCUGGUUGCGGUCUUUAACACUUGACUCCGAUUGGUCAGUCACAAAAUUCCAAGGUAUGUUAUUCAGAAACUUAUAAGACACUUCAAAUCUUUAUCUUGAGCGUCAGUGAACACGUUCCUCCAUAUACGCUUCUGUUUCGCCGCUGUUUUUGACUGUUUGGCGCCCUCUUGUGACUGAAUAAUGUGCAGGUUAGUGUAUACUCCUUUCAGCUGUAUUUGUUUCUGUCAGCUUUGUCUUUAAUAAAUGAAUGCUAUAUUUAGUCUCAGAACAAUGUUUAUUUGUUAGAUAUUUACAUUUUCUGGCGAGCAGCCGUAUAAUAAACUGGAUAAAGCACACCCAGCCGGGGGGUUUCUCAGAAUAAACCCUUCUAUUGUGAAUGUUCUGUUGUUCCUCUUUGUUUCUGUUGUUGACGGGGGAUUACCGUGAAACACAUGUCUGUUAAAACUUUAAAUAUAGAAUGAAUAUACCAGACUUCAGUUUAUUUCUCUUUAAUUUUGUUCUGUUUGUAAAUGAAAUAUUCAUCAUGUGUGUUGCUGGCUGUAAGACUGGUUUAGCGGAGUUCCCGGUGCAGCUGUUUAACAUUCAGACUUCUGUUUUCAUCUGUGACAGACAGUGAAGCUGAGUUUUGUGGCCUGACCGACCCGUUUACUUCACUUUAUAUUGCGAUGAUGUCACAGGAAGUGUAUUUAUGACAGACUGCAUCGAUCAGCUUAACCAGAUCAUUCUGCCUGUAUAAUUCAGGGUUUUGAUCUGUGCAUUACUCUGUAUGUUCUGAUGGUGUUUCUCACGCCAUGUAGUUACUGUUACUGUUAUCUGAUGAUCAUUAAACAUGUUUUUACUUCA